AUGCUGUUGGGGCGUGCGCAAUGGGCCAGACGGCCAUGCAUUCGAUGCUACGUCAACACCAAGAUGACUCAACGGCGCCGAGACUUCGAGGAGAAGGCAUAUCCUCGAGCAACGACUUUGGAGCCGAAUAGGCUCCCAAGAAGGGGUCGAAGGGGCGGCUGGAUGCAAAGUCCGCAGAGGGGUGUCGCCAAGCUGGAUGGCACCAACUCGGCACAGCGUGCCUGGUGGGCCGAACGGGCGGCUUCCAUUGAUGAGAGCUUCGUAACGAAGGUGCAGGAGGCCCAGACGUCGACAGACUUAGACUUGCAGGGACUCCUUGAUCAGCACCUCUCCGAGAUGGACGCGCUGAAAGUAGCAAUGCCACGGGCGGAUGAUUUUCGGCUCCCCCACAUCAAGGAGCUUGCCAAGACUCCCAAGCCAAACCCCGUGCACGAGGCGACAGUAGCAUCGCUGCCCUUGCAGGCCCCCCCCGAAGCGGCUUUGCCAUCCUUUCUUCCCGAGUCCUUGGAGAGAAGACAGAGACGGAGGCGGGGCCGUUUUCUUGGGAGCAGCACCUUCAAGCCUGGAAGCCCAAGCAGCCCGAGCGCAGAGAGCGCAGAGGAGGCGCGCUCCUCACGGGCCGCUCUCAGGGGCGGCUUUUCCGAAGAUUCCGAGUCGGAAACGGAGUCCGAGGCAGAGGCCCAGGCGCAGGCAGAGGCCCAGCGGAGCGGUCAGCGGCUUGGGCGGCUCUCUGCAAGGAAAGCCACCAAAGCCAGAGGCGGAGCCCAGCAGCCGUCGCCACAGCUCCCUGAAGAGCCCAGGGAGCCUAUGGAGCCCGUGCGUGACUGCGAGCUUGGGAACCUUUGGAGUCAGUUCGGAGCCUCCUGGGUACAAUACAACCAGUGUGUCGUUCCCAGCGUUUUUCCACAAGAUCGACAGCAAGCGGCCACCGGGGCCACGCUCGAAGCGUAUCACCAAACACGGCAGUCAGCAUCCCUCUUCGACGUCUCUUACAAAGUCUGCCUGCAGAUCAUGGGAACGGACCGGGAGUUCGUCGCGGAUCAGUUUCUAACCUGCAGCCUCCGAGCGAUGCGAGUCGGUGACGUGCAAUAUGCAUGUAUCCUGGACAGCAAAGGCCUAGUCCUGGAUGACGCCUUCAUCUUUCUUCACGAGGCUUCUGUAAACAUCUUAGCUUCUGGCUGGCAUUCCAAGCAGCUGCUGGAGUAUCUUGGCCAGUAUCUGAUCUAUGUGCGGCGCUCUGGUGCCGACGUUUCUUUCGUGAGCCACAGUGGCGCCGUCCUCGCUCUUCAGGGCCCGAAAGCUCAGGAGGCGUUGACGUUGAUGCUCGCGCUCUCCGAUGGCUUGGAGCUCUCAACGUUCAGCGAGCAGGUCGCCUUGGCACCGGAAGUCUUGGAGGCCAUGCCCUACAUGAGUGCCCUCUCUUUGCACAAGUCGGAGGUCAAGGCCACGGUGCUGCGGGUCGGUACAACCGGAGAGGACGGCUUCGAGAUCUUGGGACCCUCCCCCUUGCUACACGAAGUGGCCACGGCGCUGCUGCAGACCCCACUGGUCAGACCGGCCGGAGUCUACUGCCUGGACAUCCUUCGCAUGGAGGCCGGGCUCCCACGCAUCGGCACGGACGUCGCGUCUGGACUCCACACGCCCGUGCGCGCCGCACUGUCCUGGACCCUGGACCAAGGGAAGAUGCGGAGCCACCUGAUGUUCGGCUGGCAGAAGCUCUUCUUCCAGCUGGCGAAGGGUCCAAAGUUUCGGCGGGUGGGCCUGCUGCUGGACGGACCGGGGCACAGUGGCUGCCGACUGCUCUCCAACCCCCACCGGCAGCCAAUAGGCGUGGUCACCUCGACGGCUUGGAGCCCCCAUCUUCGGUGUCGGGUAGCGCAGGCCUACAUACGACCGGAGUAUGCAAAGGCCAACAAGCAUGUGCUGCUCACGGUGCCCUACAACCUGCCAGUGAAAAAGAUGCGGAGGAAGGCCAUCAAGCACUGGCUUCGUGCGGGCGACCUGCGCUGUGGCUAUCGGAGACUGGUGGCCGCCUGUGUUGUGCCCUUGCCCUUCGUCCCGCACCGCUACCCGGAGCCAGCACGGCAGCGCAAGGCCGAAUCCCGGCUUCGGAGCCGCACCGCGGAGGAGACCCUCCGAGGGCCCCGGGCCCAGGCGGCGGUGGGAGAAUCGAGGGCGACUCCUCGAAGACAGAGUUCCUCCACCGGCGAGAAGCUGCGUGAAGGCUACGAGCAUGCCAGUAAGGAGAGGCAGAGUGACGUCUCUGGCGUGUGGUCCUGCAAGGACUCCCAAUGGGCCAAAGGCUUCAGGGUAGAUGGCGCAGGGGAGCCAUACCUCCGCGCGCAGAGGACGUUCCGAUCCAGGCCAACGCCAGCCGCCGGUUCCAGCAUGUCCACCAAGCCCGUCGCCAAAGGCGACGCGAUUGAGCUCAACUUGGAGACGAUGACGGUGGAGCAAGGGCUGGAGUUGAUUGAGAAGGAGCGGGUGCAGCCCUUGCUGACCUACUUAAGGACCGGCACCUUCGAGAACAAGACAAACAUGACAUUUAUGAAGGCGUACUCGGUCGUUGUACAGUUUGGCGACCAGCAGCAGCACUCCUUCAAGCUUUAUUCUUAUUACAAGAAGGUGAUUUCGGAUUAUUGCAAGAACGGCAUGAUAGAGCUCCAGAAUUUGGCCGGCGAGGACCUGCUGCACGCGCUGGCGCAGCUGUGGGAGAAGAACACGAUUCUGGUCUUCUGGAUGCAGCGCGUCUUCCAGUAUCUGGAUCGCUUCUUCACGAAGAGCAGCACGGAGUACCCUGAUCUUUUCAAGGCUGCAGCGCAGGCCUUUGCAGAGCACGUCUUCUCCAAGCUCAAGGCGAAGUGUGUGGAGGCUCUGGUGGCGCAGGUCAACCGGGAGCGUGAUGGCGUGGAGAUCGACCAGGCGGAGAUUCCUAAGCCUGUCUACUGUAGGCCGUCCGGAUCUUCCUGA